AUGAGUGUCAUGGCAGCACUGUGUGUGAACAUGUUGAGAACCAACAUGUUACUGAGUAUCUUCAUUCUUUCAGGCGCUCUGGCUGCUUGUCCUGAGGAUUCAGCUUUACUCAUCACUACAACAGAGCAGAUGGAAGCACUGAGUGGAUCUUGUCUCCAAAUCCCAUGUAACUUUAGAGCUAAACCAGAAAAGGCUUUUAAUGGGAGAAGAACAGUUGCUGGAGUGUGGAUUAAAAGUGACAGUAGACUUUUAAUAGAUCCAAAAAAUGUGAUCUACAACAGUAGUGGAGCAGUUAGCAUCUAUCCAAUGAGAAUUACUGGGAACCUGAGUCAGAGAGACUGCACCACUCUGUUUUCUGAUUUAUCCACCAAGUACACAGACACAUACUUCUUCAGAGUAGAGAGUGAAGCCUUCAAGGCCACAGCUUUCUGUGAUCGUCUUCAAAUUACAGUUAGAGAUUCUCCUUGGAGGCCCAAUAUUACAAUCUCAGGUGAUCUGAAGGAGAAGGAGUCUGUCACUAUAACCUGCUCAGACUUGAAGGCCUUAUCUUUUAGAGAAAACCUUAAUAAAGAGCCUCCUCUCUCUUUGCUGAUCAGUCCCACUGGUCCUGUAUCAGUGGGCAGCAUGGUGACUCUAACCUGUUCCUGCCAGGCAAACCCUCCUGUUGACAGCUAUGUCUGGUUCAUGACCAGUGGUGAUAAACUGGAGAUGAUCAAAGCUGACACAAAGGUUUACAGCUUUGAGGUGACCAAACUCGAUCGAGACAAAUUGUUUUACUGCAGCUGCGGGAAUCAUCUGGACAUCCAGAUAUCAGCAGGCAGUCAGCUGCUGUUUGAAGGUGAUGAACACUGGGGGAAAAUGACUGUAAUGAAGACUGUGGGAAUCAUAAUAAUGGUCAGCACACUGGUCAUCUUUGAGUGCUGGUUUAGAUCGAGACGUCCCAACAAACCAGAGGCAGGAAGAUAAACAGAGCUUAUAGUCUAACAACUAAAGUGUCUGCAAGUCUCAUGAGGAAGUAAAACCUAAGGAAGUAAAAACUUAAAAUAUCCCUGCAUUUACUGCCACGGUUAGCAAGAAAUGAAAGCUUGUACAAGUUUCUAAAAUUCUCUGUUGUUUUAAUGGUAGUACAGAAGAAAGGUGUAAAUACUAGUGUCCUCACCAAAUGUAGAGCACACAGCAUACCGAGCAGCCACAUGAUAGUAAAGGCAGUUGUUGCUGGUUUUGAAAAGUGCCACAGUGCAGCAUUUAAAAGCUAAAGAAACAUAUAUUACCCAAUACUGACUGGCAGAAUCCUAAUUCCCAAAAAAAGCGUAUCGCUGAUGUGUAAAUGCACUUCUUUUUUCUACCAUCAUGAUCAGUUUGAUUCAUCUACAAAACCACAGAAUACACAGAGCGCUGGUCAUGUAACACUUGAAACUCUUAAAGACAAAUUCAUAUAAUAAACAAAAGCACUGAUGAAAACAACAGAUCUAGCCAAUUAUAUAUAUUUAGAAAAAGAUUCAUUACUAUAGAUUUAACAAUAGCAACAGAGAAACAUUAUCACCUUCAUAGUACAAAUGAUGAAUUAAGUAAA